UUCCUGCCUUCGUCGCGUUCGGUUCUUCUGGUUCUUGCAAUGGAAAUAUUCCUACGGUUUCUCGUUAUCUUUGUAAGGGCGAUAGCUUUGAUCUUGUCCCCACUUUUGGACAAGUUCGUUUAUCCUCCGAAAGCAGAAAGGACCCUCAUACCACCGAUACGGAAUCGCCUGCUGACCCUCAGCGUUCAGGAGCUGCGCAGUCGCCUACGAUCGGGACAGUUGACUUCUAAAGUGUUGGUGGGCGCAUAUAUCGAACGCAUCGAGUCUGUUAAUGCGCACUUGAAUGCGAUUGUGGAAUCUCGAUUUUCGGCUGCUCUCGAGGAAGCCGCCAAAGUUGAUGACCUCAUAGCCGGUUGUGAGUCUCCAGCGGAUGUGGAGAAGCUCUUCGAAGAGCGUCCAUUGCUGGGUCUACCCGUGACCAUCAAGGAAUCCUGUGCCCUUGGCGGCAUGACCUUUGCCGUGGGUAACCUAGCCCGCAAGGAGGUCAAGGCCCAGGCAGAUGGAGAGGCUGUAAAGCGUCUGCGAUCCGCUGGAGCUAUUCCCCUCUUGAUCUCGGCCACGCCGGAGUAUUGCUUUAGUAUUGAAACUGAUACCUUGCUAAAUGGUUGCUGUCUGAAUCCGUACGAUUUUGAAAGGACGCCAGGCGGAAGUUCUGGAGGAGAGGGCUCUUUGAAUGGUGCUGGAGCCUCGCUUUUUGGCAUUGGCUCGGAUAUUGGAGGUUCAAUUCGCAUUCCCAGCUUGUAUUGUGGUGUCUUUGGGCACAAGCCCAGCGGGGGAGUGGUAUCCACAAAGGGUCACUUUCCCAACUCAAAAGACCCGAAUAUCGAGCACUAUUUGGUGGAGGGACCCAUAACACGAUUCGCCGAGGAUCUGAAUGAUUUGCUCAAAGUAAUGGCUGGCAAAGAUAAAUCAUCGAAGUUGCGCCUAGAUGAACCUGUUCAAUUGAAUCAAAUUAAAGUGCACUAUGCCCUGGGCUUUGAAGGUGUCAACGGUCUGAUGCAUCAGCCAGUGGAUGAGGAUAUCAGGAAUGCCAUUUGCAAGGCUACAACUCAUUUAAGCACCCUCGGCUUGGAGGUGAAGCGAGCCAAGUUACCAAAUCUAAAGAAUUCCGUCGAAAUGGCUCUUUCCAGUAUCGCUAAACAGGAUGGAAUGGAUUUUCUCUUGGAAUCCGAAUGUACAGAAGAAAGUUCGGGCAUAGUGCGCAAGAUUCUUUGGGAGAUAUUGAAAAGUCUUGUUGGUAAAUCGUGCUAUACAACCAAUGCCCUGAUCUUUGAACUCAUGCGACAGACGAAUGCCUUUAUGUCAAGAUCAAGGGUCAAUAAAUAUAUGGAAGAGGGGCACUACCUGAUUGGCGAGUUUCGAGAUCUUCUCGGUGAUAAUGGAGUUCUGCUCUUUCCCACCUUAAACUUACCUGCCCCGAGGAACAAGUGGUCGAUAUUUUCACUCUGGGGCGUUGAUUAUACUCUGCUUUUCAAUGUACUUGGCCUGCCCGUCACUCAUGUGCCCAUUGGUUUAAAUGAGCGGGGACUCCCCAUUGGAUUCUCUGUGAUUGCAGCACCAAAUCAGGAUCGAUUAUGCCUCCGAAUGGCCGUGGAGUUGGAAAGGGCCUUUGGCGGAUGGCAGCCACCUAUUCCUCACGAAAUUGAGAAUUAAGAAAGUAUAUUAAAAACGGGAUGAUCAGCAAGACUCAGGAAUAUAUUUAAAUAUUCUCACAAAGGUUAUCUAAAAAUGUUAUAGUACAUAUAUUUACUUGGGUACAAUUGUAUUCUAUUCAUGUUUUAAUAUUUUCCAAAAUAAAUUUCCUGAAAACAAAU